AUGUCAUAUACAGUCAACUCGUGCUCCUCAUUUGAUACAAACGACUAUAUUGAUUUAGACACUGCUUUGGUGCAAGAAGAAUUGCGCUCUUUAGGUGCCACUCCUGAAACGAUAGACUACAACAAUGAUAACUACAGAAUCAGCUUCAAGAAUAUGGACGCAAGAGAAACAGCACGCUUGAGAGACUCACUUGUCACUCCAAUGUCGAGUUAUUCCAUUAAUAUGCGUUCAAUGUCAAAAACACCUGUAGAUUCUUGUGCUGAGAGUGUCGCUCUCUUUAAAAAUUUGGCAAAUAAUGAUCAUAUCGAUUUAGUUUCCAGUGAUCUCAAGGACUUUAUGGACAACAGUGAUUUGGACGAUUUGAUAUCACGGCCAAGCAGUAGACCAAAUGCAUCUGCAUCACCUUUACAGCCCUAUCGUCACAGCGUAAAUGGCUUAACCAGCUCUAGGUUAAGCAACCACAACAGGGCCGAGCAAAAGAAACAUCAAGAAACGACAUCAGCAGGUACAGCAUCAACAUUGUUACAAAAACUAUCUGAACCACACCAGCAACACAGACAAUAUGACCCACAAAACAAUGAGGUUGAACCCUCUGCUCCUUUACGUCACACCAACCAUGAUGGUUACUCUAAUCCCGUCACACAUACCCACAAGCCAACAAGAAGUAGCAUCAAUGACAGUGCGAAUACAAACAAAUACGAGCUUCCAAUGUCAGUGCUCGAGAAGCCUAAAAGUAGGGCAAUGCAAUCUAUUCUCAGCAAAAGACGUAGCAUUGACUCUGAUGGCCUAAAGAGAUUGCAGCAAAACGAUGUGGAGCCUACAUCCAAUGAUAGCAAGCUAUUAUCUAAAAGACACAGUAUGAUGUCGAUUGGUGAAUACGAGCCAGCACCAGUCAGAUCAAAGCUACCAACAACCGUACAAAGACGCAACAGUAAUUUACAACAACCUGCUAUUUCUACAGCAACGCUCAAAAGACGUAACAGCAACAUGCAACAACCGAUCACCGCUACAGCACCAUUACAAAGACGUAACAGCAAUUUGCAACAAUCAGUCUUACCAAAGAUCAGUACGCACAGGCGCAAUAGCAACAAUGUACACCCACCUGCCGAGUCUGAAGUACUGCCUGAAAGACGCAAUAGUAAAACUCAGCAACAAGCCCAAUCUGAUCGACGACGAUGGAGCAGCUACAUCCUAGAUCCCAGUGUUGUUGUUGAAAAUCAGGUGCCACAAAAAGAAAUGGCAGCUCCAGAGCGAACUUCCAGACAAGAGCCGAGAAAGCUGCUUAACAGACGUUCAAUGCUUCUGCCCUCAUCAGCCAGACGAUACUCUCGUGAAGAAGAAGUGUAUGAAGCACCGACCAUCAGUCAAAGACAAGCAUCUCGUGAACAAGAUGUAUAUGCCAGCAAGACUUCUCCUCCGAUUCAUGCGCAAUCUACAGCUGAGAACGUGAGACGCCGACAUACACUGUCAGCAAGCGAUAAACGUGCAAGCAUCGGCCAAUUGCCUCGACACACUGUGGACAAGAGAGCCUCGUUAAACCUUACCACCAGUCGCGUUCAUGCAGCUAUUGGUGAGGACGAGCAUGAUCAGUUUGACGAUGUCCCACAAGUGCAACACAGACGUUUACUCAACAACGAUAAGAGGCUUCUUCAGGUCAAAACGAGCUCUUAUGAGCGAUCCAUCGAAGAACCAAACAGAUAUCGCAGCAAAUUGCGCAAUCCCCUCAACAACAGAGAAUACGAAAGCCAACUUUCGUCUUCUCUCAGAACUACGGUCCUUUCAAACAGUAAACAUGCCUCUCCUCGCGAAUACCAACAACAUACCACACGCUUAUCAAAACGCAGUGAGUUGCAGUUACAACCAAGCCGUGAUGAAGCUGUUCGCUAUCGACACGAGCCAUCUGAUUUAGUCCAUAGCCAAGCAUAUGAAUAUGAGCAAACUGAUGAGGAGCCUAUUGCACCUCCACCACGUUAUAUGAGCAGAGGUCUUGGUGAGCAACGACACAACCAGCUACCAACAACAACAGUAACAGCAAGCACAACUACACAACAACGCAGAAACAGAGCAUUGUCAGCACCAUCAAAUCAUCAACAAGCAACUGAUAAACCAUCUCUCAUGCCUGUUCCUGUACGGUAUCGCAAGCAUAGCAACAAUAGUAUCUCCAGAUACACCAGUGUCCCAGAAAAUGCAGGCUUGACAUCUUUCAGUCCACCACGGGAGGCUCGCCUAUAUCCUGAAGAAAUCAUACAAGUGGAGGCAUCGCGUAGCAGCGGCGGUUUGUCCAAUUCUACCACAUCCUCUUCUCAUUCAAGUGACAAAUAUUAUGAUCCUCCAACACCACCCACCAGUGCAGUCAUCACCACACACAGUAACCAUGGCAAACGAAGAUCAGUGCCUGUCAUGAACGCAUCCAUCAUCGACGAGCAAGUCCGCAAGACCGAAAAUCGCUAUAGCGGCUACUUGGCUCGCAUUAAAAAAGACACGACAAUGACUGAACAGGAAGAUAUCAGUUCGAGCCGUCGCUUACUGCCUCGUAGACAACGUGUUAUAUCUGAGGAUAAUGAGAAUUACAGACAGCAGCUAGAGGAACGCAAAAGAUUACACCAGCGCCAGGUCUACAGAGACAAGGAGACUGAAGAUGUUAUUUCAUCUGCCAAACAUCUGCUGUUGAUGGUAAAGGAGAGAAGAAACAGAGCUCAUUAG